AGCAGGAGAGGCCCCCAACCAACUGAUGCGCACAUUUGCGAUCUCGUGCCUCCAAACCUGCACCACAACAAGCGACGGAAUCCUCCAGCCAACAGCUCUUGCGAACCACCACUCCUAGACCUUUUAGUUUUUUUCUGCCAACUGGCCUUCGCCCUUCGUGUAUCAUUUGCGUCCCCCAACCCAGUUCGCCUGGUCCCGUCGACGGCUCUGUUGCGCCGUCGAUUGGCGUCUUCGGCUUGCGGCUUCCACACCUACCCACCCUUGCACCUGCGACGACGUAACCUCAAGCUUCUCCCGCACCGCUAGACAAGCAAGAAAAAAGAACCAAAAACAAAAAUACCCAAACGACAGCCACACCCGUCCCUCUGGGAAGCAGUCGCAGUCAUCUGUUGGCCUGGCUAGACUUGAUCGCUCGCCUCAUAUUUGUGGACGGGCCAGCUCCGUGCCGCACCAGCGGCUGGCCAAUUCGCUCGCGCAAUCUCUGCCACGACUCCCACGUCAACUGCCUCCUCCACCCACCUCGACUCCCAUCUUUCCAUCUUGUCUACGCAACCAAGACUUUGUUGCUGCCGCAACCACCACCACCUGGCAAACAACCCGCUGCUAGAUCCCACGCGUGCACAAGACACGCAAGCGCCCGUACUAUGGCUGGCCGCUACACCGAGGAGGUUCUCCUGAACCUCCGACUAUCACCAUUAUGUGUCCGGCCGCCGACACUGUCGCCUGCUGAUGAGUGGAUGGGACCUCCCCCGGAGCUCUUGCGGACCCCCAAGACGGCAGAGAGGCCCAAGUCGUUUGAAAAUGCCCUGGUUGACCAGACUAACCGUAGACAAGGGCUUGGUUCCCGCAACAACGCCAAUCCAGAAGAUAUCAUUCUCGGCCCUCCGAGGACAAGCUUCGCAUCGUCAACAACUCGUUUAAAUAACAAGACGGGCGAGAAUGACAAGGCCACGCGAGACCAGGAGCCUCGCGACCGCUUCAACAAUCUCAGGGUCCGAGAAGCCGACAGCUUAGACGACCGCGGUGGUGAUCGACUGCGGGACGGGAGGACCAACUUCCGGAGGCGCGACGACCGUGACCAGGAUAGCGACGGUUGGAGCACCGUGAGGCCGCGCAAGAGCUUUGGGCACGAAGGCGCCGAGCGUUUUCAGCACGGUCGGGCUGCGUUCCGUGCCGAGCACUUCAGGGACGAUCGCAAGCAGACGAGGGACAACAAGGAUGAUCCAGAUUCGACGAAAGACCGCCCGCGCCGGAACUUUGACGGCCAUGGGCGCGAUCGGGAUGGAGAAGACAACGAAACUUCACGCUGGAACGGUCUGAACCGGAAUCGGACCGACCCUUGGUCCAGAGACAACAACCACGAAGAGCGGGAUCGUGGUGACCGGGGCGAUCGGGGCGAAAAUCGAGGAGACCGCGAUAGGCCAUCUCAGCGUGAGCGGAUUGACCGCGCAAAGAGCUGGCGCGAUCGUGCCCCAGAUGACCAUCCCCGCGAGCGCAACUCGGACCGGAACUACGAUCGCCGUCUUGACCGGGACCGCGAUGGGCGUGUCGAACGUGAGCCGGAAUGGCUUGACGAGCCGGCUGGCGAAAAGGCCGGCGGCCAUACUGAGGAGGACUUCAAGAAGUUCAUGGAGAGCAUGAAGGCUGGCAAGGGAGGAGCCAAGAAACCUGAGAACGGCAAGGCUUCACCGGAGGAUCCUUUAACCGCGAACGAGACCUCCCCUGCCGGCCAGGACAGCACGCCCAGCGCCGAGUCUGCCCCGCAAGUCAACAGCGGGCCAGAUAAAUUCUUUCUCAACUUCGCCGCCAGUGCCGCACUUGGCGGUGUGUCGGCUGAAGGUGACGUCAAGAAGGAUAGCGCGCAGUCCAAGGCGGCGAAAUCAUCCAGGUUCACCUCUUUCUUCUCGGCCCAACCCCAGGCCGAGCCGGCUGCCACUGCCGCCAUCGCCGGACCCCCGAUGUCCGCGACUCCUCUCCAUCUGGCCCUGGGCCUGAACACGAGCAUUGCCACUGCUCCUCUCCCAGACACGGUCAAAAGUGCAACAGUGGGGCAGGCUGAUGUUGCGGAGAAGCAAGCAUUCAUGGCCCUGCUUCAGAAGCUCCAGCGCCAGACACUUCAGAGCCCGAGCGCGGCAUCGCCGCCUGGGACGACCCCUGUUCCCGAGACACCACCAGUGCAGCUUCAUCAGCAGCAAGCGCCGCCGCCAUCCCAGAAACUCCCACAUCAAAUUCAACAACAGCAGCAACAGCUACAACAACAACCACCACCACAACAACCACAACAACAACAGUUGCCACCGCAUCUCCGGGCGCAGCCGCCUCUCCAGUCGCAGCAGCAACAUAUUCAGCAGCCUCUUCGCCCCCAGCAGCAGCAGCAGCAGACGUUGUACCCGCAGCAACAGCAGCAACACCAUCAGCUCCAGCUCCAGCACGUCUUGCAAGACACUCGGCAAAAGCCUGCUGGUAUCUCCCCAGACGUGUUUCAACAAUACGGUGGGGACCGGCGCGGCCCCCAGGGUCCCAUGCAGGAUCUCGGUGGCCCUCGCCCAAUGUCCCAUACCCAGCCUCCUGUGACGCGUCCCGAGCAGAUGCUCCAGGAGCUCGUAGAGCAGAGACAUCACACUCCCACUCAGGGCGGCGGCCGCGAAAUGACCCCCCAAGGCAACUCCCAGACGGAAUUUCUCAUGAAGCUCAUGCAAAGGGCCCGUGCCGAACCUGAGCCUCGGCGCACCGAGGAGCUGCUUAUGCAGAUGCCGCAGCCGCAGAAGCAAGCGGCUAACCUGCCCAUGCUGGUGAAUCGCGAGCUGGAUUUCCAGCGAGAGCGUGGAGGUAGCGGCUCGCAACAGCGUCCCAUGCAGCCCCCAGUGAUGCCAGGGAUGUACGAGGAUCAGUUCCAUCGCCCAGACGGCGGCGAUGUGCGUCUUCCCCGGCCUCAGGGUCAGCCUCAGCCCCAACAGCCGACGCAGAUUCUCCAGCGCCCGCCUCCAGGCUUGGACCACCAACUCCAUCCAGGUUUUAUGCCCGGUGGAGGUCAGGUGCCUCCGCCUGGACAACAGCGCGGGCCCAUGAUUCCGCCUCCGGGUCUUGUUGGCGGUCCUGGCGGUCCGGGUGGACUGGGAGGCCCAGGCGGCCCGAACUUGCCCGUCAGCCCCAACCGACACAUCCCGGGCAUGUUCCCUCCCAACUUCCCGCAUGGUGUGUUCCCCCCUGUGGAAGGACUGGCCGGGCCUCCCAGGAUGCAGCCGCCCCCUGGCUUCUUUGGUGGCCCACCUCUGCCACCUGGACAUCCCGCCUUCAUGCCGCCUCCUGGCUUGGCUGCCUUCCAAGGAGGACCGGAUGGGAUGCCUUUCGGGACCGUUUUUGACGGGCGUGGUAUGCCGCCGCCCCCUGGCGCUGGUGGCCAGUUCCGCCGGCCUUGAGCAUGCAAGAGCAACACGGCGGCCCACACACGAACAGGCCAUGGCAAAAAUUUUGGCCGAACCGACUGCGAUGUGAUCGAGUCGUACUGGCAUCGAAACAGACGGACAUCAUCAAGAGCCGCCCUUCGUUCCCCGAUCUCAACAAGUGGGAUUCAAACAGCAAAUUAUACAUAUUAUCUCGAACCACGUUACUCUACGUCAUUCUGGGUCUUUUUAUGGGUCGCUAACCGGUAGAUAUUGCACUACCGGGCCAAGGGAGCGUGUUAAUUACUCUAAACCGCGUUGUAUGAGCUCUGAAAAGAAACAAGAAUCAUGGAUUAUCUCAACUUUGCUGCACCGCAUCAGAGUCAGCGACGAAGCAUCGAAUACCCUUCUUCCACCCGUGAUCUUUCCAUCUUCUCUGCAUCGCUUGAUUCUUUUUUUCUUCUGCGGCCAAGGUUCCUGCGUGAGGACUCGACAGCCCCUACGGCGGUAUUGUUGAUAUUCUCAUUGGUCCAGUUGAUGAUGCGUCAAACACAAGAGGAACUUGGUCUCACCAUGAGCGAUGAGAGACCAGUAAAAAAAAAAAGCAACGAGAUGGCAGCGGUUUAUCUUAGUUUCAAACAUCCUUCUACUCUUUUAUAUGACAAUACUUGAGAGCCUGAGUGCGCCUGUACCCUGGCUCGAUAUCUAUUCAGCUGAGCCAUGCAACACGAACAGCAAAUGCCACGGUUUGAAGCCAGAGCCCGCCCGCUUCUCAACAUGCCCUUACCCGCGAAAGGGUGAUUGAAUAUUCACAAUCCAUCUUGUCAGUGAUGCGCAACAUAUGUCAGAGUUGGUAUCUUUGUUAUUACGAUAGAGAAGCAUGCAGAAUGCUGCCACGCCGAGGUAUCGAGCUGAUAAAAAGCAAAACACGUACAGACGCAAGGAAAAAAGGAACAUGGAAAAAAGACUCGACAACACGAAUUCAGAUCCAGAAACCUCCCAAUAGGUAUCCCAUCGCCGCAAGCAAAAACAGCCGAACUCCGCCCGACGCUCGCUCUAUAUGAUGUGAACAUGGUGGUCGUAAUUCGUGACUUGCGCGCGGGGAAAAGGAUAUGGUCAUCAUUGGGAGGACAGGGAAAAGUGGGAAUGGGAGAGAGAAAAAAAGGAAAACGCGAUGAGGUAUAUAAAGUAGUAAGGAGAGGUGAAUAAGCGGUGGUUAUGCUGCCCGAGUGCGGGACUUGUGUAUGUGUGCGUUAAAAACGAGAGUGGUGUCUGUUGUGGUGCCUUGAGAUGAAGGCGGGUAAGCGAGAGUGGUGCCUAUAGAAGGUCGAUGGAACGAUUGUGGUGCCUGAAAAAGACGUCAUGAACGAAGGUGGGUGUCUAAGAAGACAGUGUAAACGAGGGUGGUGUCCAUGUAAGACGUGGUGUAAACGAUAGCGGUGCCAGAAAAGGCGUAUAAGACGUUGUAAGAGCGCCGAGGAGAGGUGUGAUGCAAAACUCGAGAGGUCGA